AUGCCCCCCCCCCGGCCUUGCCAUCAUAAAGCUUGGGACCAACAUGUUGCUGCACUGUAUGUGGCCCACAAGAAAGCUGUUGUGGAACAGUCACAGAAAGCGAGAAACAAGUUGUUUUCACUUCAUCGCUCUGAUGAAACUGAUGUCGCAGAGAUUGCGGUGAGCUAUGAUGGUACGUGGUCCAAACGAGGAUACACAGCUAAUAUCGGGGUUGGUUUUGUCAUCUUGGUUAAAACUGGUGAAGUGCUUGAUUUUCAAUUUGAGUUGAAGCUGUGCUCAGAGUGUACAUCAGCAAAGAAGGAUCUUGGUGAAGAUUCUGCUGAGUAUGCCAUUUGGUACGGUGGACGGUGGGUGAUAAUGAAGAUGACUUUGAUGAUGAAAAUGACUAUCCGUUAG